AUGCCUUGGAACGUUAGCAUAGAUCAGUUUACCUCUAAUAUUCAGAAUUCCGCCCAGCCCGUCUUCCUAUUUCUCCUCUCGAGCUUCUACGUCGACUUUGCCCCCGAAAUCCGGCGCUUUGCAGAGACACACCCCCAUCUGAACAUUUACGGCAUUGCGCGCCCAGCCUUUAUCCGCCCCAACGAGCAUACCGACCUCAUCCUCAGGCUUGGGGUCUGUGCAGAGGCAGAAUUUGUGCUCUGGAGAGAUGGAAAUAACGUUGUUGAGCUUCAACGCCCGCAGCUUUCAAAUCUGAUGACCGUUUUGCAAGCGAUGGGGGUGUAG